AUGUCCACAGCCACCAUCUCUGCCGGAGAUGGUUGGCACACUUUUGCAGACGAUCAGCUGGCACUGCUGGAUCACCUGGGCAUUCAGAAGGCCUUGCUGCUAGGAUCUUGCAUUGGGCCUUCGUUCCAGCUGCGCCUGCUGAAAGAAGCGCCUGAUCGCUUUGUGGGGGCCGUGUUGCUGCAGCCAAUCGGAAUGAGUGUUCACACCACAGAGCGGGAGGGCUGGAAAGGGAUCAACACGGAAGCCACCAGCCAUUGGUUUGGAGACUGGGCAGCUGAGAUGGAGAGGGAAAAGAAGGCCGGACUCACCGAGCUGCGCGGCCUCUACGAGGCCAUGUUUGGGUCUGGCAGAGACUUCGUCUUCAGCGUCUCGAGAGAGGAUGUGCAGAAGAUGCAGACGCCCAUGCUUGUGCUGAUGGGCCUGGACCAGUACCAUCCCGCGGAAACGGCGCGGGAGAUUGCACGCUUGGCUCCAGCAGCGGAGCUGAUCGAAAGGUGGAAAGACAGCCCGGAGCUGAUUGAGGAGGCAUCGCAUCUCACGCAGUGCAACAAGCCUUGGUGGCUCUGA